GCGAUGGCGGCGGCCGAGGUGGCGCGGCAGGGUGAAGGCUGUCGUACUGUCCCGCUUUCCGGACACGUAGGAUUUGACAGUUUGCCUGACCAGCUGGUUAAUAAGUCAGUUAAUCAUGGGUUUUGUUUCAACAUCCUGUGUGUGGGGGAAACUGGCCUUGGUAAGUCCACCCUCAUGGACACACUUUUCAACACCAAGUUUGAAGGUGACCCAGCAUCUCACUCACAGCCCGGGGUCCAGCUGAAAUCCAAUACCUACGACCUGCAGGAGAGCAAUGUCAACCUCAAACUGACUGUUGUGAGCACAGUGGGCUUUGGGGAUCAGAUCAACAAAGAGGACAGCUAUAAGCCCAUUGUUGAGUUCAUUGAUGCUCAGUUUGAAGCCUACUUGCAAGAAGAACUGAAGAUAAAAAGGGUCUUGCACAACUACCAUGACACCCGGAUCCACGCUUGCUUGUACUUCAUUGCUCCGACAGGCCACUCGCUGAAAUCCCUGGACUUGGUAACAAUGAAGAAGCUUGACAGCAAGGUGAACAUCAUUCCCAUCAUUGCCAAAUCUGAUGCCAUUUCCAAGAGUGAGCUGACCAAAUUUAAAAUUAAAAUCACAAGCGAACUGGUCAGUAACGGGGUUCAGAUCUACCAGUUCCCAACAGACGAUGAAUCAGUGGCGGAGAUAAAUGGGACAAUGAAUGCCCACUUGCCGUUUGCAGUGAUUGGAAGCACAGAGGAGCUGAAAAUAGGAAACAAAAUGAUGAAAGCUCGUCAGUACCCCUGGGGCACAGUGCAGGUGGAGAAUGAAGCUCACUGCGACUUUGUGAAACUGCGGGAGAUGCUGAUCCGCGUGAACAUGGAAGACCUUCGUGAACAGACCCACACACGCCACUAUGAGCUGUACCGGCGAUGUAAACUGGAAGAGAUGGGUUUCAAGGACACCGAUCCAGACAGCAAACCCUUCAGCUUACAAGAAACUUAUGAAGCCAAAAGAAAUGAGUUUCUGGGGGAACUGCAGAAAAAGGAAGAGGCAAUGAGGCAAAUGUUUGUCCAGAGGGUCAAGGAAAAAGAAGCGGAGCUGAAGGAGGCUGAAAAAGAGCUGCACGAAAAGUUUGAUCGCCUGAAGAAGUUACAUCAGGAUGAAAAAAAGAAGCUAGAGGAUAAGAAGAAGUCUCUGGAUGAUGAAGUAAAUGCAUUUAAACAAAGGAAGACAGCAGCUGAAUUGCUCCAAUCCCAGGCUCAGCAGGCUGGAGGAUCGCAAACUCUUAAAAGAGAUAAAGAAAGAAAAAACUUUUUUUAAUCUGUCUUCGCCAGCUGCACUGGGUCUGAGGGAGAAGACUGCCACUUCUAGAAGAGUUUAAGGGUCUUAUGUCUGGGGAGGGGGGGAACAAAUCUUCGGUGUUAGUGUCUUGGAACGAAGCUCUUUUAAUGACUUGCAUGGUAUCUAAAAUUGAAGUGUCUUGUAAUUUGUGUGACAAGACAGGGUAAUAUGGGGGAACUGAUUGUUUACCUGGAAUUUUGAAGGGCAAGGGAAAUUCGAUGUUUGGACUAACAAUGUAGCGAAUACAUUUUGAAACAUUGUUACGGGCAUAUUUUUUUUCUAAUUUUUGUCUUUAAUAAGAUAAAUGUCAUGGGCUUCCAUGAGGUGUGAAGCCUAAGGAGUAUUUUCAAUAUGCUGUUGUUUGAUUGGGAAACUGUGCGUUCAGAGUCCAAGGAAAUACAAACAUGGUGCAAUUUGCUCUGUUGGCAGCCACGAAAUAUUUAAUUUUAACAAAGAAAUAAAGUAAGAAGAACUGUGUGUUUUCA